CGUGGAUGACGUCGAGCUGACCUGUUUACGGACAGCUGCGGGGGUGGUUCGGGGUCACGGGGUCUGUGACCUCCUACCGGUAUCGUCAUGGCGGGCAGCGACAUGAGUGUGGACGACAUCUACGAGAGGUUGCGUCUGUCGUUCCCGUUUGUGCACGUGCGGCGCGCCGACGCGCGGGACACGCCGGAACUGGCCCGCCUCCUGCUCAGCCUGGCCAGACACGUGGACGAGACGGGUGUCUCUCGCAGCGUGGCUUCCGAGCUGCAGACGGAGCAGAGGCGGCUGGCGCAGCAGCUGCAUGGCUACCACGCCACGCGCCUGCUACACACCCUGCUGGAAGAGAUGGCGACCGGACUUUCGGCGGCUGGCGACCACACCGACCACCAGCAGCUGGCCGCCUACCAGACGGCCGGCCAACAGUUCACGGCGCUGGCGCAACGCUACCGCCAGCUGUGCCGCGAGCUGGACCACCAGCGCUGGCUCAUCGCCGAGAUGGACGCGCUUGCCGACGACUCCAGCGCGGCCACCGCCGCCGCCGCCGCCGAAGGCGGCGCGGAGCAGAUGGACUAG